AUGAAACGCAUCGGCUUUCACAAAAACAUUCUCCGGCUUUACCAAGUAAUGCAAUCAGAUCGACAUGUGAUGCUCGUCACCGAGUACUGCGGUGGGGGAGAAAUAUUUGACCAACUAGUAGCCAAUGGGCGAAUGACGGAGAAGAAUGCUCGUCUGUACUUUCAUCAAAUCAUCGAUGCCGUCAUCUACCUCCACUCCACCGGGGUAGUUCAUCGAGACUUGAAGGCGGAAAACCUCUUGCUCACCGCCGACUACAAAUGCGUCAAACUAGCAGAUUUCGGAUUUUCCAAUUACUACUCUCACGAUAACUUUCUCACAACCUGGUGCGGCUCGCCACCUUAUGCGGCCCCUGAGCUUUUUGAAGGCAAGCAAUACAACGGCCCCAAGGCGGACAUUUGGUCACUUGGGGUGGUACUGUACGUUCUUGUCUGCGGGGCGCUACCAUUUGAUGGCAACACACUGCAGUCACUAAAGUCCCGCGUGCUGUCGGGCAAAUUCCGCAUACCGUACUUUAUGUCUUGUGAUUGUGAACAUCUCAUUCGACAUAUGCUCAUCACCGAUCCCGAGAAGCGGUACACUCUGCAGCAGAUCAAGCAGCACAAGUGGAUGCGGGAAACGGUACUUGGCGGCAGCAGCGGCAACAGCAGCAGCAGCAGUAGCGGCAGCAGCACUGCCACCGUCGCCGUGGAACAGGCCUCGGAAAAGCUAAGCGAUGAACUCCAGAACUGUCACAUAAGCGGCGAAUCGGCCGCAAACAUCGCCAGUAGUGGUGAUGGUGGUGCAGGUGCCGCCAUGAGGAGCGACGAACUGGACACCUCCAUAGUGGACUGGAUUGCCUCCGAGUUGAACGUCGAGCCGGAGGACGUCCUGGAGUCCAUCAACUCUCGCCUCUUCGACCAAUAUUACGCACUCUAUCAUCUCGUCAAUGAUUCUAGUCAUUGUUCAUCGCUGUCUGCGCCCCCGUCGCCGCCAUUACUCCCGAUAAUUCCGUCCUCUAAUCAGCGCAAGUCCAGCAUCACCACUGGCAUUGUUGAGCGGGAAUCCACUCCAACCAGCUUGACGCCCAAUGUCUCAAACUUUCGUCGGCACACCUUCGGUCCUGACACUAACGCCUCAUCUGUUAAUUCAAAUUCUCAAAACCAACUCGUCACACCACCGCUUCUAUUCCUAACGCCGCCCAUGGUGGCCAGUACGAUCGCACCUCCGAUUGCCAAUCUUCCCUUCGCACCACCCAACUAUCCCAUCACCAACAUGGACCUCCUUCGACCGCCUCCAGUGCUACUCAUGGUCAACAACAACAUGGGCCGGAGAGCCUCGGACGGGCAAGCGAACUACACGCGAGCUUUAAUCGAAGCCACACAGGGCCCCUCAACCAGUGCUUCCACCUACAACUUCACCACAAACAAGGCUACCACUUCGCAUCAAUCUUCGCCACCAGUCAGUUACUUUAAGCGAAAGCGACACUCGCUAACUGACACCAACGAAAUUGUUUCUCGCCAGCGGAGAUCAGGGUUGACUAACGUCGGCGUCAGUAGCACAAUGGAAAG